AAUACUCUUGAGGUUUUGAGGCUCCACCCUGAGCCCUGUGUGGCCGAGGGCUGCUUGUCCUUGUGGAAGGGAUGGUCUUCAAAUCUUGUGCUAGCCUAAGUCUGGAUGGCGGGGUCCUGGGGCAGCUCAGUCCUGCCUCUGAAACUGAAUGGAGGCAGAGGGGAGGCAGAAUUGCUGUCAGGGUCAUGGGGCCUCCUGCACACAGAGCCCAGGAGGAGGUCGCUAACAGUGGAGGAAGUGGAAUUAUUGCACAUGGUGCAUUUCGACAUUGGGACUCAACCCUCAAGAAGGAAAACCAAGUGUGGGGGUGCAUGGCGCCUGGGCUGAAGAAAUGAAAAGUGGGCAGAAGGCUGAACGUUAACUACCUUGUCUUUUGCUCACCCACUUGGCCCUUCUCUUGGGCUGGCCCUGGCAAGGCAGAGUUAUCUCACCCCACACCAGCUUCAAGGCCUGUGGCUGGGAGAAGUUCUCUUGCUGUGUUUAUUCAAGAUGAUGGAUUUGGAUGUGCUUCUAUGAAGAAAUGCCACGUGUCUCAACUGGCCCAAGAACAAACAUGUCCAGACUACUGCCACCUUAGGGGAUUAGGGCUUGGUGACAGCGCGUCCCGGGGAAUCAGGCGUGGUCUGACCCAGGAACAGGAAACACAUCAUCACCAAUGACAUCAUGACAGCAAGAGAGCACAGCCCUCGCCAUGGUGCCAGGGCCCGUGCGAUGCAGCGGGCUUCUACCAUUGAUGUGGCAGCUGACAUGCUGGGCCUCUCUCUGGCAGGAAAUAUCCAAGAUCCAGAUGAGCCCAUUUUAGAAUUCAGCUUAGCUUGCAGUGAGUUGCAUACUCCAUCGCUAGAUCGAAAACCAAAUAGUUUUGUAGCAGUGAGUGUAACCACCCCUCCUCAGGCAUUCUGGACAAAACAUGCACAGACGGAGAUCAUCGAGGGAACCAACAAUCCUAUAUUUCUAAGCAGUAUUGCCUUCUUUCAAGACUCCCUUAUCAAUCAGAUGACACAAAUCAAACUCUCCGUGUAUGAUGUCAAAGAUAGAUCUCAGGGAACAAUGUAUUUACUGGGCUCUGGAACAUUCAUUGUCAAAGAUCUUCUCCAAGACAGGCAUCAUAGGUUGCAUUUGACACUAAGAUCUGCAGAGAGUGACCGCGUGGGUAACAUCACCGUGAUUGGCUGGCAGAUGGAGGAGAAGUCGGACCAGCGGCCUCCUGUGACUCGGUCUCUGGACACCGUCAAUGGGAGGAUGGUUCUGCCCGUUGAUGAGAGCUUGACUGAGGCAUUGGGAAUCCGAUCCAAAUAUGCUUCGCUGCGAAAAGACACUUUACUGAAAUCGGUGUUCGGUGGCGCCAUUUGCCGCAUGUACCGGUUCCCCACCACCGAUGGCAACCACCUGCGGAUCCUGGAGCAGAUGGCAGAGAGCGUGCUCUCCCUGCACGUGCCCCGGCAGUUCGUGAAGCUCCUGCUGGAAGAAGAUGCGGCCAGAGUGUGUGAACUGGAGGAGUUGGGGGAUCUGUCCCCUUGCUGGGAGAGCCUCCGGCGCCAGAUUGUCACUCAGUACCAGACCAUUAUCCUCACAUACCAGGAGAACCUCACUGACCUCCAUCAGUACAAAGGUCCCUCGUUUAAAGCAAGCAGUUUGAAAGCAGAUAAAAAGUUAGAAUUUGUUCCUACAAACUUGCACAUACAGAGGAUGAGAGUUCAAGACGAUGGGGGGUCAGAUCAGAACUAUGACAUCGUCACCAUCGGAGCGCCAGCAGCACACUGCCAAGGUUUUAAGUCAGGAGGUCUCCGCAAAAAGCUGCACAAAUUUGAAGAGACCAAGAAGCACAGUUUUGAGGAGUGUUGUACACCAUCCAGCUGCCAGUCCAUAAUCUACAUACCACAGGACAUCAUCAGAGCCAAGGAGAUCAUUGCCCAGAUCAAUACCCUGAAAACCCAAGUGAGUUACUAUGCAGAGCGGCUCUCCAGGGCAGCCAAGGACAGGUCUGCCACAGGUCUUGAAAGAACCCUCGCCAUUCUAGCAGACAAGACCCGGCAGCUGGUCACCGUGUGCGACUGCAAGCUGCUGGCCAACUCCAUCCACGGACUGAACGCAGCGCGACCCGACUACAUUGCCUCCAAGGCCUCCCCCACAUCGAGUGAGGAGGAGCAGGUGAUGCUUAGGAACGACCAGGACACCCUCAUGGCCAGGUGGACGGGGAGGAAUAGCCGGUCUUCUCUGCAAGUGGACUGGCACGAGGAGGAGUGGGAGAAAGUGUGGCUGAACGUAGACAAGAGCCUGGAGUGCAUCAUUCAGCGGGUGGACAAGCUGCUGCAGAAGGAGCGCCUGCAUGGCGAGGGCUGUGAGGAUGUCUUCCCUUGCGCAGGCAGCUGUACCAGCAAGAAAGGUAACCGGCACAGCCACGCCUACUGGAUCAAACCGGAAGACCCCUUCUAUGAUGUCCCCUCCUCGCCAUGCCCCUCCACCAUCUCCUCUGCUGCAUGCCAUCCUCGCCUGACCACACAUUGCAGCCCCCCUCCUGACGAGUCCAACCCAGGUGAAUGGAGUGAGGCCCUUUACCCCCUGCUGACCACCCUCACAGACUGUGUGGCCAUGAUGAGUGACAAGGCCAAGAAGGCAAUGGUCUUCCUGCUCAUGCAGGACAGCGCUCCCACCAUAGCCACGUACCUGAGCCUGCAGUACCGCCGGGAUGUGGUCUUCUGCCAAACUCUGACUGCUCUCAUCUGUGGCUUCAUCAUCAAGCUGAGGAACUGCCUGCAUGAUGAUGGCUUCCUGCGCCAGCUCUACACCAUUGGGCUGCUGGCCCAGUUCGAGAGCCUGCUGAGCACCUAUGGUGAGGAGCUGGCCAUGCUGGAGGACAUGAGCCUUGGAAUCAUGGACCUGAGGAACGUGACCUUCAAAGUCACCCAGGCCACUUCUAAUGCAUCAACAGACAUGCUGCCCGUCAUCACUGGAAAUCGUGAUGGGUUCAACGUGCGGAUCCCUCUGCCGGGCCCCCUGUUCGACGCCCUGCCCCGGGAGAUCCAGAGCGGCAUGCUGCUGCGGGUGCAGCCCGUCCUCUUCAAUGUGGGCAUCAAUGAGCAGCAGACACUAGCCGAGAGGUUUGGUGAUACGUCUUUACAAGAAGUUAUCAAUGUGGAAAGUUUGGUGCGGUUAAAUUCCUACUUCGAGCAGUUUAAGGAAGUUUUGCCUGAAGAUUGCCUACCUCGAUCUCGGAGCCAGACCUGCCUCCCAGAGCUGCUGCGAUUUCUGGGCCAGAACGUACAUGCCAGGAAGAAUAAGAACGUCGACAUUCUCUGGCAAGCUGCUGAGAUCUGCCGCCGCCUUAACGGGGUCCGGUUCACCAGCUGCAAGAGCGCCAAGGACCGCACGGCCAUGUCGGUGACGCUGGAGCAGUGCCUGAUCCUGCAGCACGAGCACGGCAUGGCCCCACAGGUGUUCACCCAGGCCCUGGAGUGCAUGCGCAGCAUUGGAACACGGGAGGUAGUCACCCAGAAGAACUUGAGCGGCCUGGUGCCCAUCCGAGACUUAAGACUAGACCCCAGCCUCCUCUGUUCCAUCCCUUUGUUAGCCUUGAGCCCCAAUUUACUGAUUGUGUGGCUCUUCCUGAGCAUAGCAUACCUGGUGACCAAAUUACGUUGCAAAUGAGUAUCAUUACAAAAAAUCAGUAAUAAGUCACAGGAAAAACAAAAGUGCCAGAAUAUGUCCAGCCACCUGUGUACCUAACUGGACAGAAGGAAUGUGUCAAAGCGUGGUCUGCCAAGAAAUAUCUCAUGCCUUACAGUUUGAUGUUUUGUUGUUCUGAACUGUAAAUACCUGCCAAAUUAUUUCACCAAGAGGACUUGUUCAUUUAACUUCCGUAGAGUUUUCAGUGCUUGUAACACAUUCUUACAGGGCCCUGUCACUGCAUUGUUUAGCUGGCCUGGAAUUACUUGUACCAAAUCUCUCACCUUCUGAUGUAAAGCUAUUUAUUACCUGUAUAUCUCAUGUGCCGUGUUUCUGAGAGAAGCGAAUUCUGUCUGGAAAGAAUUUGUAUAUUUGAUACUAUUCUUUAAUGUACUGCUAAACUUUCCUUUCCUUUUAAAGAGAAACGAAAAGGAUAGAUGCUUUAUAACUGGCUCUUCAAGAUAAACCUAUUUAAUAGGACAUGUACUUUCUGCUUUCAUUUCAAAGCGUAGUCCCUGAACUCAGAGUAGCAAACACUUUGCAGAAUCGUUCCAUUCCUUGCUUGUGUUCAUGAUUUCCAGUCCAAGACGACACAAAACUGUGACUGUAGUAGCACAUUGUACCAAAUCGGGCACAUCCAAGUAAUGCUGCAUGUGACUUUACAUUUACUCUUUUAAAUCUCUAAGGAUCACUAAACUGACUCCAGGACUGAACGCAUACAGAAACAAAAGGCUGUUCAAGUGAUAGACAUUUAUUUUUCUUGAAGCAGGAUUUUUACAUUUAAAACAUUGCAUCUUUAAUUACAGAUUAAAGUCCAGACAUCUUUUUCUUAGAAAGCAAAUGUGAUUCAUAAUAAUAAGCAAAAAUCAAAGGAAAAAUGACCCAUAAAAUGAGGCCUAACCUUUGGGCAUUUGUGACAGAUGGAACUGUGAGAAAGAAGGAGUUGCUUUGGUUUCUGCUAUUAGCGCUCUCUUGGUGUAACACGGCAAUGUCCAGAAAAUGGGAUGGUUGGUAAGCCUAACUUUUACAUUCGCCAGAAGGGUAGUUGAACAUCUGUAAAGGUAAUACAUUAAAUUAAGGGGAAUUCCACAGAUUUUCUAUAAGAAAUACUCAGUGGCUUCUCUGUUUUCUAGUUCAAAUUAUGUCAUACUUCUGUUUUUGACCGCCAACCAGUUCCCCACACACUGUAUUUUAUGAAAGUGGAUUUCUUUUUACCAGUCUAGAAACACUGGAGUGAAUUGAGAGAAGCUGUCUUUCCCAAAACUCUUUACUCAUUUGUGCCCACAAACCCAGUUUACCACAAAAUCUGGCCUCCCUAGACCCUCCCCAAGAUGUCCAGAACUUACCCUAGGACUCCUCUGGUUUGCCAUCAGUUCUGAGUCUACUAAUUGUAGAAGCAGUUAGCAUGACAAAUGAUAGAUUCAGACUUUAAAUUCUAAGAUAGAAGACUGUCCUCGCACCGCUGGGAGGCCCUUCUUCCCCAGACCCCCUGAGCACUGCUGGAGCCCCAGGGCAGGGCUCCUGCCUAUAGGUGGAGCCAGUCUUCUCACAGGUACAGUGUGGCCACUCUGUCUUUUCCAGAACAACUGAGGUGACCAUUCCAUGGCAUAGCUCCUGACAUCCUUCACUAGGGAGUCUCUCCGUAUGCCAACACAACACUGGUCACUGUCUAACCUGUGAUUCUUUGAGAGGUGUGUUCACCUCCUGCCUCCUUCAAACUGAGGCAUGUGCAUCAGUGCUCCGAGGCCAUUUUAUUUACACUAUAUGAAUGGGAGAAAGCAGAGUCUGCAGGCCCUUUCAGCUCCCAUUCCAGGCUUCCCAGUCCUUCUCUGGCUCAAGUGCUCCUGAUACCCCACGGUGGUGACACGUGCUUGUGCCCACCUCCAGGCCUGGCAGAGAUUGCGCCCAGGUGAGGGAGGCCCUUCUGAUUACAGAGAGUGUCCUCUCCGCUUCCCAGGCCCAUGGGUGUUCCUGUGCCAAUCCCCAGAGCCCCUUUCCAGGAACCCCCACCCAGCAAGGGGAGGCCGUGGCCUCUGAGGGGGCCUCUGAGCAGGCCUUGUGGUGGCCUGCUCCUCGCUGCCAUGGCGCCAGCCAGGCCUUCCUGCCUCAUGUAGAAUUGGCUGCUAAGUUGACAGAGAAAUAAGUUGGACAGGGUUCUUUGUCUCUUCAGGGGCUGAGUCAAAAGGCAGUACAUUCUACGUGUAUGCUUGUGAGGGUAGCACAAGAAAGGACACCAGGAGGUCAGCCUAAGCUGUGAAUUGUUGUUGUUGUUUUUCUUCAGAACAUCUGAGGAAAGAGACUCUGUAUGCUCGCCCUUUGUGUGCUGAGUUUUAGUAUCACUAAGGCUUUUUACUUACGAAGUCAGACUAAAUACAUAUGUCUUUUCUGCUUUAGUGAGAAAUAGGCUGGAUGAAACAAACAUGGGAAGAUGAUUCAAGAAAGGGGAGUCUGGUACUUGAUGAUGAUGGUUUUCAGGCUGCCACUGAGGUGAUACUGGCUCUGGACGGGACACGGUCAGUGGCUGCCAGCACUAGAUAUUCAGGAUCACUAAGACCCUAGUGCGUUCAGAUGGGUUCUAAAGUGGAAGAUCCACACCAGAAAGGGAAAACCAGAGGACUCCCUAGAACCAGUUGUCAUUUGGGUUUCCAUUCUAAUUUCUCAUUCAAAAAAUGGAUGUCCUUGAAAUAAUUUACCUAUAGAAUAAAAACAAUCGGGGAGCUUUGAAAUAAUUAAAUCCCUCUUUCUAAACUCUCCCCAAGACCUUCUCAAAGUGUGCUGUUGACAACUAAAAACUAUGCAGCCAAUGUGAUCUAUAGAAGUGUUCUACCUUAGGACAGGAGGCUGGCGGUGGGGAGCCUUCUCAGUGGGGAGUGCCAGUUAGCACCGCACGCCCUCUCCUCUCUGCACAUAGCAGCCUCCAGCAUUAGUGCCAGAGCUCAUGCAAACAUGUGAUGACAGUGUCUACGUGCCAUCAGCCUCACCCAGGCAGAUUUGGUAAAUUCAAAACAUUUGAGAAAAGUAAAUACGAUGUGCUUUAGAAAUUAAAUUGCAUUGAAAGUGUAAUCUUGAUUACAAUUUCGUGUGUAACGAAUUCAGCCAGUUAACCCGGUAAUUAGCUUCCUUAACAUAUGUAAAUAAAAGAUAAUGUCCGAGUGGACAAAUUAUUCUUCUUCGCUCCUCAAAGCAGUUCGGCAUUUAAUAGUGAUAGGUAGUGUUUGAAAAGUGUGUGCAUUUGUAUAUAGAGAAGCCAUAUCUGAAAUAGUUUGAUAAUGUGAGAGCUUCCAAAGAUUAAGACUAACUGUGCAUAGGAACUUAUAGCUUCUGCUUUAAAUGGAAUUAUAUUUUUAUCCGAUUACUGGAUGUUAGACAAACAUGAUCAUUAUUGAUUCUAGGGCCUCCCUGCUCGUCUGGCCUAGGCUUUCAGCUCUGAUGACACACGUCUCGCUGAGGGCUUGAGGCUCUGGUGACAAGGAAGCAUAGCUGAGUUACUAAAUUACUUAAUAACAAAUCAGGUGGAUACUUUUCUAAAAUACCUGAGCUUAUCUUUUGAAUAAAAUUACUGUCUUACCAAAAAUAUUUUACAAGUUCUUGAUAAUAAGACUGUCAUUUUCACUUUAAAAGGCUUGAGCAGUUGCCACUGAUAUUUUUUUAAAAUGCAUGACAUAAUGGUCUUCAUAAAAUUUGAAAUAUUUUUUUUAAAUCACUAUUUCUUGGUAACUCCAAAUUUUACAUCUCAUAAAUGGGGAUUUUUGUAC